GGAUUACCCCAGGAUUGCACCACUGGCUUUAACUGUGAAUGCGGUGUUUCACCAGCAGAGGGUCCCUGCUGAGUUUACACUGAAGGUUCACUAAGCCGCUCUGCCUGCUGUGCUGUCCACUUCCAACCAUCUCAUAUCCAGUCUGUUACCGCAAGCCAGCAACCUGCUAAAUAUCUAAGAGACAGAGCUCUUCUACGGCGUCUCUCUGCAGUGCAGCCAUGGCCACCACAGAAACAAUGUUUCCAGACCAAAGUGACUUCGACUAUGAUUAUGAGACAUUGCGGACGACAGGGGUUAUCCUUGCUGUUAUUAUGUUUGUCUCUGGCAUUUUAAUAGCCCUGAGUAAAAAAUUCACAAAAUGUGUAAAAUCCUCAUCCAACUCCAACUCAUCUGGUACCCAAAUUCCAAAGACAGAGGUGCCUCCUCCAGCCGUAUAGAAAACACAGCACAUGCUCGAAAGGGAGACGAGAGGUCAUCACAGGAUCCACGCUAGCAAAAACAUGCACACACACCAGCUGUUCUGUGGCCGUUCGUCUAAUGGCUAAUAUACCUCUGCCGGCUGGAUGUUUAACAAACAGGGUUUUCCCAACACACCCUAACCUGAUCCCUCAUCUCCCACCGAUUUCUGUAGAAAGUCUGCAAAAUAUACGCCGAUAGAUUGCUCAGUGUUGUGUGAGUGUAGCUUGUUUAGGACAACAAAUUAUAAUAAUAAUAAAAAAAUAAUCAUCCCCGACCAUGAAAUUCUAUAAGGUGCACUUAAUCAAACACAUGCAACACGUGUGGUUUCUCUUCCAAACAUUUUACUGCUGUCAAACAAUAAAAUCAAGAGCAUGAUUACAAAAUUA